AUGGUACAAAACGGAAAAAAGAACAAAAAAUGGCGCAUCCAGAAAAUCAUCCAGCUGCUCGAGAACAACGAGGAAGACGAGCAAACCCUAAUCCCGCACAUCAUCGAAAUAGAGCAAAUAUUCUUCGAAUGCUUUAACAAUGAAAAUAAAAAAAAUCGAAGGAUAAUUAACACGUACGUCAUUCCGUAUGUAAACCUACUGCUAGACCGCAUAGAUAAUGGAGACGCCAAAAUUAAUUGCCCCUUUAGGGAAAAAUUGCUAACAAGGGUAUUGACCUUCCUCUCAUCUGUCCUGCGGAUUAACAAAAAUUAUGCACACCUAGUUGUCUCCUACUUUGUAAACCUAAUUGAACAAAAGUAUUAUGUUGUGCAAAUUGUGGAUCAUUUAAAAAAAAUUAUCAUCCCCUUGUUGAAGGGGCUGUUAUUCUCGAAAGGCUGUUUGCGCGACUGUGGAGAUAGUUCCCUGUACGAUAACGAUGAAGAAAGGGAGGAAGAAAAAAGAAACGAAGUGAAUAACAUCAAACAGGGGUUCCACAAUUAUGUCAUACUGAAGAGUAAAAUUUUUAACAUCUUAGCGAACUUCCAUUUCGAUAAGGGGGUAACGGAAAAUCCGUACAAAUAUGACUUAAUAAAAAACUUGAUGCUAAUUUUGACCAAGGAAAUUUUAUUUUUCUUUCACAUUUUAAAAAAUAAAAAAAAUAUUUUUAAAGAAAUAUUGAGUGAGCAGAAGCAAGUUCACCAUGUGAUUAACGAAGUGUUCGACAUAGCCUACCUCAACGUUGUUACAGAUAAGGUUAAUAUGAACAGUUAUGAUGAAAUUAUUUUAAUAUGGCUCGAGCAGGACAUCCGACUCUUAAACGAUUUGAUUCUUUUUAACCUUAGUAAAAGUGGAAAUAAUGUCUGUGGUCUUUCUAAGAAUGAAUUAUCUGUGCAUAAAAUAAAGGAGGAGUUGGGGGGGAAAUCACCCCGUGGUGGUUCCUCCCCUGCGACCGCUUCCUCUCCCGCAGUUGCAAAAAAAGGGGGGAGAAAAAAAAAAUUAAAAUCUGAGCAAAAUGUGAAAAAGGAAUGCAUAAUUAAGCGCGAAAACGACGAGGAAGAAACGGCCAUAAAGGAAGAACGUGGUAGCAGCGAUGGGGAGGUACCCAAGUUGGAAAUUUUUAACAAGUUGAUAGCCCAGUUUAAUGGGGGGUGUGCAGCCGACGGCGGAACGAAGGAAAGCGCAGGUGUGGGGGGGCACGUGACCAGCGAAAGUUCGCACGAAAAUGUACACAAAAAUGCACACCAAAGUGUGUUCGAAAGUAUGCUCGAAAAUGCGUACGAAUGUGGCUACCGGUACGGGGGCCAAGCUGCGCAGGGAGCUUCCCCUUCUGACUCCCCCCCCGAGGAAAAAUCCCAAGAGGAUUACCUCCAACUCGCGAGAAAAUAUAUCAUAAGUACGGACUGUCUAAUAUGCACCAUUGAUCAAAUCGCUACGGACAACAUCAUUUUCCUGACUCAUCUGAUGAGAAAUGUGUUUUACCUAAUCCGCGAAGUCCCCUUUGUGUUCAAUUUUUUCCUUAAGAAUGUUUUCAUAAUGGUGAGUGAAUUGGUGCGAAUACAGGGAGGUGCAGCGGAGGGGAAGGGGCGUAUCGACGAGGGUGCCGCUGCAGAAGAUGCCGCGUUUGAGGGUGCCUCCCCAAACGACGCAACAGGCCUAAGCAGCUAUAAGAAGAAACUGUUCAACUGCAUGGUCCACUACCUAAAAAACGAGCUGUACUUGCUGGUAUGCAGGAGUAAUGUAAAUUUCCCCUUCUACUACGCAUAUGUUACGAGCCUGCUAAACCUGCUGGGGGAAGAAGGCAGCAGAGAGGAAUUAGUAAAAAAAAAAAAGGCAUCCAUAAAGAGCACCCUGCUUGAUAUGGAAAAGGAAAAGAAGAGGAAGGGGCACGAAAAUCAUUUCAACUACAAUUGUGAAUAUUUAAAAACAAAUGUUUUGCGGAAGGAUUACUAUGGGUAUAAGAAAUUAAAAAACGAGCAGGUGGAUAUUAUGUCCUACUUGAAGGUAAAAAUGAACGAAAGCGAAAAUGAGCAGGAAAACGUCAGCGAAAAUAACAGGGAGGAUUUCAUUAAAAAAGAGGAAAAGGAAAAUAUAUUUAUAAAUCAAAUUGUGAAAAAGUUAUAUCUCACGAAUUUUAAACUGGACAAGGAGUAUUAUCAAAGGUUCGACUGCUCCAGGAGGAGCAACGUGAAGGAUUUGUUUUACGGGGGAGGGAAGGGGCCAAACGAGGGUAAAACAGACCUCUGCGAUGUUUAUGCCUAUGACUGGGAUGUUUCGCGAAACGGUGAGACGGCCAUCACCAGUAGGGUUCGAAGCAGCACAGCGGGGUUGUACGAGGCGAAGCGCGCUAUGGGGGAGAACCCCGUUGGAGAAAGGCACAUCAAAGAUGCAGAAAGAGUGGAAAAUCGCAUCGGAGUAGAUGCCAACCGCGAUACGCCGCAUAACAUAGAAACGAACGAAGCGUGGAACGAGAAUGAGAAGACCACCAAGAGCAACCUUCUCCAAAAGAACUACAAAGGAAUGUACGCCAACUUUUUAAAGAACGACCUGAAAUAUUACAACAAUGUUAAAUCGAACGAAAGCAUCCUCGGCACAGUAGAAUUAUACUACUUUCUCAUUUUUUCACAAAUUCUGAACAACAAUUUGGAAAAUAAAGUUCCAGUGUUGGGCGAAAAUAUCUUCAUCAAAAGGAUUAACAAUUUAAAAGUUAUAAAUAACGUGAUUAAGAGGAUAAUUUUAAAUGACAUGAUGAAGGAAAAGCUGAAAUUUUAUUUUCUCAUUUUGUACUUGGUGAAGAUUAACACCGUUUGUAUAUUCAAGGGAAACAUCCCCAGCGAUAUUUUCCUAAAUUACUCCGCCAUAUUUAAAAUUUUUAACAAUUUAUUAUUUUUUUCCUACAUCCAGGAUCAAAAAAAAAAAAAAAAUCAGGCAAGAGGGGCAAGUCAGCAAAAACGCCGACCACGUUGUGCACACCAAACGUAUGACCAUUAUGACCGCACGUUGGGCUACACAACAUUUUGCUACAACUAUCUGGACAAGUUAAAGAAGAAAAUAAAAAUAAAAGGAUACGCCUACAGACAGGAACUGCAGAAGAGCAAGUUCAAAGCCAAAUGCAAAUAUGAUGAAAUUUUAAAUAUAAUCCUUUUUUUUCUACAUAAUGAUAAAUUGUUAGCCAACCAUCGGGAUCAGUACAUUAAAACGUUUAUUGAACAAAUUCUGGAAACCCCUAAGCUGACUUUCUCCUUUUUUAUCUACCUGAUUAUAUGGCUAAACAAUAUAGACGUUUGUAUCGAUUACACUGGCUAUAUUAACAAUUCGAAUAGUGCCCAUAUGUCCCUUUCGGAAGGGGGCCUGAAUAAUAGAGAUAUAACGAAUCAGGCUUCGGUAACAGAGGCGCACGUAAAAAGGGGAGUGCUUCCCGGCGAAGGGGAAGAUGAACGCGGUAUAGCAGCAAAUGAAGGGGAGAGUCACACUCCGAAUGGUGAUGACCACCGCUCUGUAAUUACCCCCCAUGGGGAGAAACCCAAAGAGGAAAGGAACUACCCGUUUGACCAGCACACCUGCAGCGUGUGGUCAGAUGGAUCCGCCUCUCACUUCGAUGUUGAAUUAAGCGAAAGUGAUGACACGGAGGAUUAUGCAAGUGGAGAAAGUAAAGUGGGCGCGUUGAACGCGGAGGGGAAGCAAAAAGAGAAGCAAAACGGUAAAGGCGAGGAUCCACACAAAAGUUUCACAUCUCAUGAAAGUGAAAGUUUACAAAAUGGGGACACCGGCGUAGGGGGGCCGAGAGGAAACCCUGCCAAUGUAUCAAUCUGCAGUAAAGAGAUUGAACAGGGAGACAACACUGGCGAAGCAAAUAUGCACAAUGAGAAUAUUUCCAGUGGGGACGAAACGCACAAACGAAGUGGUACGUAUAAAAUUGCCACAAGGAAGAAUCCCCAUAGGGAUAAGGAAAAAGAGGACGCUUCUCUGAUCAGAAGCGGGGAAAACGAAGUGGACGAACCCAUUUUUAACAUCAAUUAUUACAUUAAGUACUCCCCCAAGGUGCAAAGCGCUUCGAAUUAUUACAUUUUUUGCUUUUCCCUUAUUUCCAAUUUGUUGAAAAAAAAUCAAAACAUAAGAGCGAAGAAAACUAUCCUAGCCAUUUAUAUAAACACGCUAUUCAAAUCUAGCAACGAAAUUAGAAACCUUUUAAAAAAACUGAUCACUGCAGCGAAGGGAAUUUACAACAAUGCGUUAAGCUUUUUUGUUUACACGAAAAGGGUAUACAGAUUUUAUCACCAAGUUUUUAUUUUGUUUUUACUGUACAUUUGUAAUUUGUAUAUGCCCCAUUUGAAAAAUGACAUUGUUUUUUUUUCUCACUUUGCCUUUUACCUGUGGCCAAUGGAAUUAAUUAAUUUUGUUCACAAUUUUUUAUUAACGAAUUUUUCUUUUUUCUAUAAUGAUAUUCUGUGCAUAUUUGUGAAUUGUCAAAAUGUCCCAUCCUACGAAAAGCGGAUGCGGUCUUUAAAAAACUAUGAGUUUGUUAAGGAGAAAUUAAAUGAAUACGUGAAGGGUCUCGAUCGCCCGGACAUCUUCCAGUCAGUGGAAUUGUUCCUAAAGCAGACGGACUUCUUCAACGCGGGGAAGGCGGCUGGCGAGGGGGGCGCAGCGCCAACUGCGGGACACUCCGAGGGGGCCUACGCGCCCGUGGAAGACGCGGAAGAUGGCAGCGAGGAAGGGGCAGACGAGGAAAACGCCGACGAUGAAAAGAACGAGGGGGGCUACAGAAAGGGAGAAGACACAGACGAUGAAAAAGGCGAGGGCGACCACGUAAACGGAGAAGACACCGACGAUGAUUGCCACCACGGGGACUACCUCCACGAGGAGGCCCAGGAGUGCCUGCACAAGAACGAAAUUUCGCAGAAAGUCCUGCUCGAGGAAAUCUUCGUCCGGCUGUUCAUGCAAGCAGUAGAUCUACUGGAAGACAACAAAAUGGUCGCCAGGAUGAAAAAGGCAAACGUCUUCCUAAACUUUGUGAGCAUUCAUUACGUGGAUGCCUUGUGCAAAUUUGUCAUCACGAAGGUAGGAAAGAUGUACCAGAAAAACAAAGACCAGUUUUGGGCCCACUUUUCCACACUUCUGAACGAAUCACCAGAAGAGGAAAAAAAAAAAAUGGCUGACCAGGAGGAGAGAAGUGUAGAAUUGCGAGACAUUUUACACUUUUUCCUCAACGCGGUUGAUAACUUUCUAAGCAUCUGCGUUAGGUCCUCCAUAUUUUUUCACCUCUAUUUGAACACAUAUGCCAAUUGUGUGAAAAAAGAAGUGAGGGCAAUUUUGUUGACCAAGUUUGUGGCCUCCCUCCCCUUGUUAAAGUCCCUCUUCCAUGAGGAGUUUUUUAGGAUUUUGAAAUAUAAUAAUAACAAGUUGAGUGACCAGAAUGUGGAGAGGGGAAAGGAAGCCGGUGAGAAGAAACAGGGAGACGGAGCUGCUUCGUCCGAAGCGAAUGUGGUAAGAGAUAGUGUGGAGGACGCCGAGCAGGGAAAGGACACGGAAAAGGGGCAAACAAAUGAGCAGACAAAUGCGCCGAAAAAUGACGCUACAAACGGGGAAGAAACGGACGCGAAUAACCAAAACAGCUCCUUCCAAGUUAACAUAGAAAUUAUAAAAUACGUAAGUCGAAAUUUGAGCGAAUACACAUCCGCGUCGUCAGCCCCCUCGUGGGAAAGUCGCACGAAUUUUCUGAACUUCUGCUACAAUUUGUACUUGGAAAAUAACAACGUAUAUUUUAUUAUCGAAUUGAUUGCCUUUCUGAAGAAGGAGCAAACAAUGCAUAUAUUUAAUGAAAUAAUUAAAAAUGACAUGGACGAAAAUACCAAAGUGGACCUGCUCAAAUGCUGCAUCAACAAAAUUGUAAAGUUGCCAUAUUUUUACAUCGUCGAAAAGCAAAAUGAAAGUGAAAAUGAAUCAUACUACAUCACGAAUAUUGAAAUUUUUUAUUUUUAUUACAACUUGAAUAAAAAUAAAAAUAUCCAAAAAAUUAUGCUGGACUAUUUUGUUACCAAAGUGAACGUACACUCUGUUGAUGAUCAGGAAAACAAACUGUUCAACGAUAUUACAAUAAAAGAUUUGGCCAAUAUAAUUCAACAGAUUGCGGAAAAUAGCAAUGCCAUAAUCCCCAUUUACGGAAGGUUCCUAUGUCAAAUUACCAAAAAUAUUAACAUUUUGCGCGAAUUCAUAAGCAGCAUUAUUAUUCCCCUGUUGAUACAAAAAAAAAUUUGGAACAACAAGGUCAUAUGGAAGGGCUGUUUGAUGUGCAUAUCCAUGUUGUGGCCCGAUUUCAAGCACUCCCUUUUUUACGUUUUUUUUAUGUUGCCCAUGGACGAAUGCACCACGCUGUUCAACGCCCUACAGCAGAAGUACCCCCUGACCAACGACCUCAUCGAGCUGAUCUCGGCCAACGAGCAGGCGAAGCGCAUGUGCCCGGAACAUUUGAAGAAUCUGCUAAACACCUGAUGCGGCUACGCGCACCAAGUUUUGAAGAAGAGGAAAAAGGAAAAACUGGCGCAAGAUAGUGCGUCCCACCUGUUGCAGGGGCAACUCA